AUGGCUGCGUCCGCCUUCUCCCCCGAAAAUAUCCUGCUGGGGUUCGCAGGCAAAAGUACCAUGGGGCGGGUCACCUACGCCAUGCAAUUGGUGGGCAUAGGGGUUGCCAUUUAUUGGAUCAUCCUGGCCACAUACCGGCUUUAUUUCCACCCGCUGGCCAAGUUCCCAGGCCCGCGCAUCCGCGCCAUCACAGGCAUGCCCUAUCUGUACCAGAGCUACGUCGAAGGCACGUUUGCGAGAAAGGUGCGGGCUCUGCACGCCGAGUAUGGCAACGUCGUGCGCGUGGCGCCCAACCGACUGGCCGUCGAUGGCGUCGUGGGGUGGAAGGAUGUGCACGCCGUCCGAGCCCCCAGUCCCGAGAUGCCAAAGCUGCCCGGCUACUAUGGACCGGACUCGCACAGGAGUCUUGUGGCCUCGCCCACUCGUGAGGGCCACCAGCGCCACCGCCGUGCGCUCGCCUAUGGCUUCAGCAACACGGCCAUGCACGAGCAGGAGCCUGUUAUCACCUAUUAUGUCGAUAUGCUUAUUCGGCAAUUGUCCAAGAGGUCCAAGGAGGGCCCUCUCGACAUGGCCAUGUGGUUCAACUUUCUGAGUUUUGAUGUCGUCGGUGAUCUGGCCUUUGCGGACUCGUUCAACAUUCUGAAGAAGGGCAAAUACCAUCCAUGGACCAGCAACCUCAUCAAGGGCAUCGAAGGGGCGACCCUGAACCGUUUCUUCCUCUUCUCCUCGCCGCUUCUCGCACCACUGGCCCUGCUAGACUUGAACGGCACCAUCAAGACGUUUUGGGAAAACCGGCGGAUUGCCGACUCCAAGACCAAAGCCCGCAUCGAUCUGGGGCCCGACCCCCCAGUGCAAACCGACCUCAUCGGCCGCGACGGCAAGCCGGUUGUGCGCAAGGACUUUGUGGGCUACAUGCUGCGCUUCAACCAAAAGGCCAGCAACGAGGCGCUGUCCGAGGUCGAGAUGAAGCGCAACGCCAACAUCAUCAUGAACGCCGGCAGCGAGACCACGGCCACCGCCUUGGCCGUGCUCACGUUUAUGUUUUCUCUGCCCGAGAACCGCAUCUGGAUGGAGCGCGCCACUGAAGAGGUUCGCGCGACGUUCAAGAGCGAGGACGAGAUAAAUCUUCACUCCGUGUCCAACCAUCCCUUGCCGAUAUUGCGUGCCUGCUCCGAGGAGGCCCUUCGCUUCCACCCACCCGCCCCCGACAUGCCUCCGCGUCUUUGCCCCGGUGGUACCGUUGGUGAUUAUUAUGUACCCAAAGGAGCCAUUAUCCAAAUAUCCCAACUCGCCACAUACCACAACCCCGACCACUUCCUGGAAUGCGACGACUUCCGGCCGCAGCGGUUCCUACCUCCAGACCACCCACUGUACGAGAAGCGAUUCGCCAACGACAACUUUUCAGUGUUCAAGCCCUUUAGCUACGGCAACCGAGACUGCAUGGGCAAGAACCUGGCCUACAUCGAGAUGCGAUUCGUCAUGUGCCGGAUCCUCUUCCGCUUCGACUACCUCGGCUUGGACUACAAGGGCGGCGCCACCGACCAGUGGCUGAACGAGCACCGAGCCUUUAUCGUCUGGAAGAAGCCACCCUUGAUGGUCAUCUUUAGGGAGAGGGAGGGGUUGGUGCCGUUGGAGCCUCCUGAGGAUACAGACGAUUAG